AUGUUGAGAAGACUAACAAUUGCUAUGUUGCUUUUCAUAUCAGCAACAUUUCCUCAAAGUUCAGAAACGUCAAGCGGACCAUGGUGUGUAGUCGAUCCCCAGAUACCGGACCAAGUGGUACAAGCUGCUGUAGACUGGGCUUGUCAACAGGACGGAACAAACUGUAACCAAAUUCAGCCUGGCCAACCUUGCUUCGUGCCCAAUACUAUCAAGGACCAUGCUUCUGUUGUCUUCAAUACUUACUUCCAGCAUUAUAAGCACCAAGGCGGUUCUUGUGAUUUCCAUAGUGCUGCAGUGAUCACUCACACCGACCCUAGUCAUGGCUCUUGCCAAUUUGAGUAUGUUCCUGAUUCUAAGUAA